UCCAGGGGAAGUUCAUGUGUAUGUCAGCCAGGAUACAGGAUGGUUUCUAGUAGUGGUGGGUCCUCUGUUAUUUGUGAAAAAUGCCCAGAAAAUAUGAAUGGUGUUACUCAAGAUGGGUGGAAUUGUAUUAUUUGCCCUAAAGGCCUAACUUCAGAAGGAAAAUGUAAAUGCCUCAAUGAUGAAAUAUUAGUGGAAAGAAGUAUGGAUGGCAUUUUGCUUAAUGAAGCAUUGUGCAUACAUUGUAAUGGAAGUGAGCAAGCAUUCUCUGCUCCAGAUGUGUCAGGAAAUAGGUGUGUAAGAUGUGAACAAACAUUCAUCAAUGUCAGCAAGUCUUGUGACUGCAGCAGCCCAAACAUUUUAACUGGAGGAUUGUGUUUCAGUGCUAGUGAAAGCUUACCUCCAAAGGGACUUGCAACUGUUCGUUUUGUACAGCUAGGUAUAACACUGACAUCAGCAUGGUUUCUGAAAAACCUGCAGUCCUCAGCCUCUGCCUGUUGGUUGUACUCUAAUCUAACAGCAUGCCAAGCUCUUGGAAAUAUGUGUGUGAUGAAUAUGAACUCACUGAGUUCUUCAAAUACUGAUGCCUGUGGUUUAUUUCAAUAUAUUUAUAUCAAUACAGCAAGGCUAGGCAUUGUUCAUUCAAUAGCCUUCUGGAGGCAUAAUCUUCCAUGGCUAUAUUAUGGUGAUCAACCAGGAUUAGCAUCCCAAGUGCUUGAGGCAAAUCAUUUCCCUACCAUCUUCAGUUUUAAUGGAACAGAUAAGGAUGUAAAGCUGCAAUUUAUUGCAGCCUCAUUUGAUGCAGCUGGAAACUUUCUGAAGUGGCAAAGUUUGGAAGGAGGCAUCUUACAGCUUUGUCCUGAUACCCAAACUAAAUUGAAUGCAGCUUAUGCAUUUGGAACAACUUACCAACAAAGUUGCAAAAUUUCGGUUUCCAAGAUUUUAUUGGAUUUUGCUAACCCAAUCUUUUAUGACCUGUUCCUUGAAUAUACUGGUGAUAACGGACAACAAUAUCUUUGGGCUGUGCCAGUUUUAAACUUGAAUCUUCAAUACAGUGAAAUGUUUGUUAAUCAAGGUAGUAAUAUGAACAACUGGCUUUUGACUCGUCGAUUUUUUUUGGUGGAUGCACUAAGUGGAAAAGAGAAUGACUUGGGAAAACUACCAAGAGUAAUUCGGAUUGCUAGCAAAAUAACAAUAAGUAUUCGUCUGUUAUCUCAUACUCAGAGAGGAACUAUCUACCCUCCUCUAAUUACUAUUGGUUACACAGAUGUGCUUGUCCAAAACCCUGAAACCCAGAGUGUGAUGGUUUCCUUCUCAGUCAAUUACGAGAUGAAUCAGUCAGAGGCUCAGAUUCAGACUGAUAUCACGCUGGGUGUGUUGGGUGGGCUUGCAGUGUUAUGGUCCCUUCUCAAGACUGCAGGCUGGAAGAGGCGUACAGGCAGCUCUAUAAUUGACUUGCAGACUGUUUUGAAGUUCUUACUGUUUUAUGCUGGAGACCUUGCCAAUGUUUUCUUUAUCAUCACAGUGGGCACAGGGAUUUAUUGGCUUGUGUUCUUCAAAGCUCAGCAGUUUGUCUCUGUCCUUUUACCACUUCCAUCUCAAGAAGAAGAUUUUGUUACAUACAUAGCAUGUGCAUUUAGUUUAAAGGCUCUGCAAUUCUUACAAUUGCUGGUUUCACAACUUACUGUAGAUAUUUUCUUUAUUGACUGGGAAAGACCUAAGGGCAAAGUCCUUAAAGCAGUGGAAGGUGAAGGUGUUAUUAAAAGUGCUGCCUCACCGGUGAGCAUAUGGAGGACAUAUUUUAUAGCAAAUGAAUGGAAUGAAAUUCAGACAGUGAGGAAGAUAAAGCCCCUCUUUCAAGUGCUUGCAGUUCUUUUUUUUCUGGAGGUGGUGGGAUUUUCAAACCUGGCUUUAAUGGAUUCUUCUUCCAGUCUUACAAGAAGCAGCGAGAGUUACAUAGCUCCUUGGAGCCGCAUUUUAAGAUUUGGUGUGUCUGCUGCACUCUGGCUAGCCAUUGCCUUCUUACAGAUUAUAUUUUUUUCUGUGUUUUAUGAAAGAUUUAUUGAAGAUAAGAUGAGCCAAUUUGUUGAUUUGUGUUGCAUGAGCAAUAUUUCAGUGUUUCUCUUGUCACACAGCUGCUUUGGUUAUUACAUCCAUGGUCGUUCUGUGCAUGGACAUGCAGAUACCAAUAUGGAAGAAAUGAAUAUGAACCUAAAGAGAGAAGCAGAAAAUCUAUGUAGUCAGAGAGGUUUGUUGCCAAACACAGAUGGCCAGACAUUUCAGAUUUCUAUUUCAAGAAAAAUGCGACUGCACUAUGACAGGAUUCAUGAAACCCUAACAAGAAAACGUGGUCCUGCUAGGCUUCUAGACUCAUCUGCAAAUACUUCUGAACAAAGCACAAGGGCAUACAACACCAUGAACAAAUUUCUCAGUUCUUUUAUUGAUCACGUUCAUAAAGAAAUGGAUUAUAUUGUUAAAGAUAAGUUGCUGCUCGAACGGAUUCUUGGCAUGGAGUUCAUGGAACCAAUAGAGAAAAGUAUUUUUUACAAUGAUGAAGGACAGUCUUUCACUGAUGUUCUCUAUUAUGGCAAUGAGACAACACUGCUCAUCUUUGACAUCCUGUUUUUCUCCGUUGUGGAUUUGGCUUCUCAAAGUUUUGUUUUAGCAGCUAUUCUAACAUAUUUGCAACAGGAGAUAUUUAGGUUUAUUCGUAAUACACUUGGGCAGAAGAAUUUGGCAUCCAAAACCUUGGUGGAUGAAAGAUUCCUCAUUUAA